AGAGGAUGGCGAUUUGGAGGGAACUGUAUAGUGCAGAGGUGGACUGUCAAUUGGCAAUAUCUAGAGUGACUUUCUUGCAUGAAGAUGGUGGACCUUAAAACAUUGGUGGCUUUGUUCCUGGUGACUUGUCUUCACCUUCAGUUCAGCAAUGCCGCUCCACUUGAUGUAAACACUUCUCCGCUGCCGCCUUUUAAUAUAAAUGCCAACAAAAUUGAUGUACAUUUAUCUAUUCCUACAACAAAACAGCCAUCCUCCUCGGUUGCUGCAGGAUCAGUUAAUGGCAACAAUAUCACUGCAACUAAUGGAAAUCCAUCUGUUACUCCUUCAAAUGCAGUUAUCGGAACAAACUUACUUUUAUCUAUUCAUACAACCAAACAGCCAUCCUUGGUUACUGCAGGUGUCACCUCCAAUGCCACUGUAUCUUCUGGAAUUACUACAAACAAUGUGUCUGGGAGCACCGUACCAGGGUCUGUGCCCACUGUAAAGAAUACAGUUACACCUGCACUGGUCAAUGUGACCAGCCAGCCACCCAACUCCAGCAGUGGGGCAGCAAGCUCUGUCACAGCACCCAACAACAGCUCUGGUUCUUCUACAGUACCAGGAGCAUCUUUCAACAACUCCAGCAACUCCAACACUACUUCAGGAUCCGGUAAUGGCAACAAUGUUACUGCAAAUGGUGGAAUUCCAUCUGCUACUCCUUCAAACGCGGUUAACGGAACUAACUCAAAUUUCAGCGUGACUCUUGGGAACAUGAGCUCUAAUGCCAUUGCUUUAUCACUGCCACCUUUUGCGUCAGUCCCACCUAGAAUCGGAGUGUUGAACCCCGCCGAGGUCAACCUGUGCCCUGAAGACUGCCCCAACGGUGUUGGUGGAAACCCUCCAUGUGUCUGUUCUGUUCCCAUUUUGAAAGUGCCAUCAUUUUGAAAAUAUUACCAUGAAAAGAUUGCUGUAAAGUGGGAAUGAGUGGAACUGAUUCAGAUGGACCCACCACCGGAAAUAUAUACUGUAGAUAUACAAUACUGGACCUCUAUCUCCAAAUAUAUAUACAAGCACUCUACCACAAACAUUUCUAUAUUAAAAUAAGAUUAUUUCAGCAAGAAACGUGUGUCUGGCAUGUCUGUAUUUGUUUUAUGUUAGUAAUUAUUUAAAUCUGAAUUCCCAAGAAAAACAAUGCAGAACAUGUUGUAUCUUUACCUAUUUAAAAGCAGCAUUUCUCAACCUUUUUACCUUGGAGGAACCUGUGCAAUAAUAUUCAGGUCUUGUGGAAUCCCUGCUAAAAAUGAUUAAACUACAGCUCAUGGCAAAUUAGCAUGAUCAGUAACUUGUAGAAGGUUUUAUAUAAAACAAUAAAACAUUUGGCAUGUUUGACACCCA